CCGGCUCCCCGCGGCCCCGGAGGUUUCACUGCACAACAAGAUGGCGGCGGCGGCGGCGAGCGGAGCUGGCGGGGCUGCCGGGGCCGGGACGGGGGGAGCCGGGCCCGCGGGCCGCCUGCUGCCUCCGCCCGCUCCGGGGCCCCCGGCCGCCCCCGCUGCCGUGUCCCCCGCGGCCGGCCCGCCGCGUCCCCCAGCCCCGGCCUCCCGCGGACCCAUGCCCGCCCGCAUCGGAUACUACGAGAUCGACCGCACCAUCGGCAAGGGCAACUUCGCGGUGGUCAAGCGGGCCACGCACCUCGUCACCAAGGCCAAGGUUGCUAUCAAGAUCAUAGAUAAGACCCAGCUGGAUGAAGAAAACUUGAAGAAGAUUUUCCGGGAAGUUCAAAUCAUGAAGAUGCUUUGCCAUCCCCAUAUCAUCAGGCUCUACCAGGUUAUGGAGACAGAACGGAUGAUUUAUCUGGUGACAGAAUAUGCUAGUGGAGGGGAAAUAUUUGACCACCUGGUGGCCCAUGGUAGAAUGGCAGAAAAGGAGGCACGUCGGAAAUUCAAACAGAUCGUCACAGCUGUCUAUUUUUGUCACUGUCGGAACAUUGUUCAUCGUGACUUAAAAGCUGAAAAUUUACUUCUGGAUGCCAAUCUGAAUAUCAAAAUAGCAGAUUUUGGUUUCAGUAACCUCUUCACUCCUGGGCAGCUGCUGAAGACAUGGUGUGGCAGCCCUCCCUAUGCUGCACCUGAACUAUUUGAAGGAAAAGAGUAUGAUGGGCCCAAAGUGGACAUCUGGAGCCUUGGAGUUGUCCUCUAUGUGCUCGUGUGCGGUGCCCUGCCGUUUGAUGGGAGCACACUGCAGAAUCUGCGGGCCCGUGUGCUGAGUGGAAAGUUCCGCAUCCCAUUUUUUAUGUCCACAGAAUGUGAGCAUUUGAUCCGCCAUAUGCUGGUGUUAGACCCCAAUAAGCGCCUCUCCAUGGAGCAGAUCUGCAAGCACAAGUGGAUGAAGCUAGGGGACGCCGAUCCCAACUUUGACAGGUUAAUAGCUGAAUGCCAACAACUGAAGGAAGAAAGACAGGUGGACCCCCUGAAUGAGGAUGUCCUUUUGGCCAUGGAGGACAUGGGACUGGACAAAGAGCGGACACUGCAGUCAUUAAGAUCAGAUGCCUAUGAUCACUAUAGUGCAAUCUACAGCCUGCUGUGUGAUCGACAUAAGAGACAUAAAACCCUGCGUCUCGGAGCACUUCCUAGCAUGCCCCGAGCCAUGGCCUUUCAAGCACCAGUCAAUAUCCAGGCGGAGCAGGCGGGUACCGCUAUGAACAUCAGCGUUCCCCAGGUGCAGCUGAUCAACCCAGAGAACCAGAUUGUGGAGCCGGAUGGGACACUGAAUUUGGACAGUGAUGAGGGUGAAGAGCCUUCCCCUGAAGCAUUGGUGCGCUAUUUGUCCAUGAGGCGGCACACAGUGGGUGUGGCUGACCCACGCACGGAAGUUAUGGAAGAUCUGCAAAAGCUCCUACCUGGCUUUCCUGGAGUCAACCCACAGGCUCCAUUCCUGCAGGUGGCCCCUAACAUGAACUUCAUGCACAACCUGUUGCCUAUGCAAAAUUUACAACCAACCGGGCAACUUGAGUACAAGGAGCAGUCUCUCCUACAGCCGCCCACACUACAGCUGUUGAAUGGAAUGGGCCCCCUUGGCCGGAGAGCAUCAGAUGGAGGAGCCAACAUCCAACUGCAUGCCCAGCAGCUACUGAAGCGCCCACGGGGACCCUCUCCGCUUGUCACCAUGACACCAGCAGUGCCAGCAGUUACCCCUGUGGACGAGGAGAGCUCGGAUGGGGAGCCAGAUCAGGAAGCUGUGCAGAGAUACUUGGCAAAUAGGUCCAAAAGACAUACACUGGCCAUGACCAACCCUACAGCUGAGAUCCCACCGGACCUACAACGGCAGCUAGGACAGCAGCCUUUCCGUUCCCGGGUCUGGCCUCCUCACCUGGUACCUGAUCAGCAUCGCUCUACCUACAAGGACUCCAACACUCUGCACCUCCCUACGGAGCGUUUCUCCCCUGUGCGCCGGUUCUCAGACGGGGCUGCGAGCAUCCAGGCCUUCAAAGCUCACCUGGAAAAAAUGGGCAACAGCAGCAGCAUCAAACAGUUGCAGCAGGAGUGUGAGCAGCUGCAGAAGAUGUACGGGGGGCAGAUUGAUGAAAGAACCCUGGAGAAGACCCAGCAGCAGCAUAUGUUAUACCAGCAGGAGCAGCACCAUCAAAUUCUCCAGCAGCAAAUUCAAGACUCUAUCUGUCCUCCUCAGCCAUCUCCACCUCUUCAGGCUGCAUGUGAAAAUCAGCCAGCCCUCCUCACCCACCAGCUCCAGAGGUUAAGGAUUCAGCCUUCAAGCCCACCCCCCAACCACCCCAACAACCAUCUCUUCAGGCAGCCCAGUAAUAGUCCUCCCCCCAUGAGCAGUGCCAUGAUCCAGCCUCACGGUGCUGCAUCUCCCUCCCAGUUUCAAGGCUUAUCUUCCCGCAGUGCAGUCUUCCAGCAGCAGCCUGAGAACUGCUCCUCUCCUCCCAACGUGGCACUAACCUGCUUGGGCAUGCAGCAGCCUGCCCAGUCACAGCAGGUCACCAUCCAAGUACAAGAGCCUGUUGACAUGCUCAGCAGCAUGCCAGGCACUGCUGCAGGAUCCAGUGGGCGGGGCAUCUCCAUCAGCCCCAGUGCCAGUCAGAUGCAGAUGCAGCACCGUACCAACCUGAUGGCCACCUUCAGCUACGGGCACCGUCCCUUGUCCAAGCAGCUGAGUGCUGACAGUGCAGAGGCUCACAGCUUGAACGUGAAUUGGUUCUCCCCUGCUAACUACGACCAGGCGCAUUUACACCCCCAUCUGUUUUCGGACCAGUCCCGGGGUUCCCCCAGCAGCUACAGCCCUUCAACAGGAGUGGGGUUCUCUCCAACCCAAGCCCUGAAAGUCCCUCCACUUGACCAAUUCCCCACCUUCCCUCCCAGUGCACAUCAGCAGCCGCCACACUAUGCCACAUCGGCACUACAGCAGGCCCUGCUGUCCCCCACGCCUCCAGACUAUACAAGACACCAGCAGGUACCCCACAUCCUUCAAGGGCUGCUCUCUCCACGGCAUUCACUCACCGGACACUCGGACAUCCGGCUGCCCCCGGCAGAGUUUGCACAGCUCAUUAAAAGGCAGCAGCAACAACGGCAGCAGCAGCAGCAACAGCAGCAGCAGCAGCAGCAGGAAUACCAGGAACUGUUCAGGCACAUGAACCAAGGGGAUGCGGGGAGUCUGGCUCCCAGCCUUGGGGGACAGAGCAUGACAGAGCGCCAGGCUUUAUCUUAUCAAAAUGCUGACUCUUACCACCAUCACACCAGCCCCCAGCAUUUGCUACAAAUCAGGGCACAAGAAUGUAUCUCACAGGCUUCCUCAGCCACCCCGCCCCAUGGGUAUGCUCAUCAGCCGGCACUGAUGCAUUCAGAGAGCAUGGAGGAGGACUGCUCGUGUGAGGGGGCCAAGGACGGCUUCCCAGACAGUAAGAGUUCAAGUACAUUGACCAAAGGUUGCCAUGACAGCCCUCUGCUCUUGAGUACCGGUGUACCUGGGGACCCUGAAUCUUUGCUAGGAACUGUGAGUCACACCCAGGAAUUGGGGAUACAUCCCUAUGGACAUCAGGCGACUGCCGCAUUCAGUAAAACUAAGGUGCCCAGCAGAGAGCCGGUCAUAGGGAACUGCAUGGAGAGAAGUCCUCCAGGACAAGCAGUGGAGCUGCAGGAUCACAACGGGCUCGGGUACCCCGCACGCCCCUCCGUCCAUGAGCAGCACAGGCCCCGGGCCCUCCAGAGACACCACACCAUCCAGAACAGCGACGAUGCUUAUGUACAGCUGGAUAACUUGCCGGGAAUGAGUCUUGUGGCUGGGAAAGCACUUAGUUCUGCCCGGAUGUCGGAUGCAGUUCUCAGCCAGUCUUCGCUCAUGGGCAGCCAGCAGUUUCAAGAUGGGGAAAAUGAGGGUGAGGAGCCUUCUGCCUGGGGCACUCCAGAGAUGUUCCUGGAGGGGCCCUCCUCCAUCUUCCGUGACUGCGCCCCUCUUCUGCAGGAAGAGCUCAUGGGGAGGUGGAGCCACAGCAUCCCACAGACAUUCUGCUCAGCUACAAGCACCCCGAAGUCUCCUUCAGCAUGGAGCAGGCAGGCGUGUAACAAGAAACAGAGAGUUGUGUGUACAGCUUGGGAAUGAAAAGGUUGAUUGAAAACCCACAGUAUCUAGCAGCGCUGCGCCAAAUUGCCCUGUGUUUCUCUCCACCCAGAAUGUCACAGCUCCUCUCCUCACAUUUGGUUCAUCCGUGUGCUGUUCUUUUGGGUUCUGAGAGGGUUUUGCCAUGUUUGCUUGUAUGACCAAGUCACCAAGGAAAUAAACAGGAAAUCCAUGUUCUUCAUCUUUUGUGAAAGUAUAUUUGAGUUGGUGGUUUUGUUGUUUCGUUUGGGGGUUUGUGUUUUCUUUUGUUUCUGGUAUGUUUUCUUCUGGAAGUGAUUUACUUUCUUUUUUCUUUCUUUCUUUUUUUCCUUUUUUGAAACAGGAGAGCAAAGCAGUUAGAUCAGAGGCCAGGGGCCUCAGGGCCACUCCCUCCCUAGCCUUCAUCAGCCUCCAUCCCCCUGCAUUGCUCUUCUGCGAAAGCAAAUACUAGAGGAUGCCAUCCUCUAGAAUCCUCACGGCAGGCAAAGGGAGAGAGGAAGGGUGACAGCUUCUGGCACUUAGAGAACAAAAAAAGAAACCCCCAAGCCUGGAACCUAGAGAGAUCUUUACUGCUGGUAUCCACAGAAAAGCAUGUCUGUCCCAGCCAAGAUCAUAUGAAGAGUUUAGCGUGGAGGCUGAGAAUGACCUGGCAUAGAUGGUUUGCCAGUUAGAAUGUCUCAAUUUGAGCCUUUGCUUUUGGUGGGUAUCUCAGCUCCCCUCUUGUAACCUGGAAAGUUGGUUGCCUUGAUCAUCCUGCUGGUUUUAUCCAUGGACUAAACACCCAACAGCAGUGCACUAUGCUUUCUGUGGCAUCUUUCAUUCUCAUUUUAUAUUGUCUAUAAAAAGAAUUGUUUCUCCAUAUAUAUUAUAUAUGUAUGUGUGUAUAUAUAUAUAAUAUAUAUAAUAUAUAUAUAUGCUCUCCCCUUUCAGCCUAUUUGUCACAGGCAAGAAGUGUAGGAGGUUGCCUCGGGCCCUGCCUCUCUCCUAACCUCCUCCUCCCCACUGGGCACCCUCAGCCCUGCCUCUCUCCUAACCUCCUCCUCCCCACCGGGCACCCUCAGCCCUGUAUUUUAAUUCUUGAUCAUGUAGAAAUUGUUUUUGGUAAAUGUUGAAAUUAUUGUUACUGUCAUUAAUAAAUAAAGACAAAAUGAAUUUUUGUUUAAAAGAGAAAUGUUUAACCAGAUUCUGUUCUAUUUGAAUUGUGACUUGCACCUUUUGUUCAAAGUAUUUCCUUUAGGCAUUGUAAUUGUGAACCGCUCUUACUUGUGCCAGUGACAGAUGCAGUGAUCGCCUUUCCCCAGUUGAAGCAGUGCAUACGCAAUAGCUAUUGUUUGUGUUAUCUUUAUUUCUCUUCAUUGUUAGAAACCAAAGUCUUCUCUGCUGGCUGGGGCUGAGAGAGGGUCUGGGUUUUGUCCUUCUGAUCUUCAAAACAAGAGAGAGACCUUGAAUACUCUGACUCUACAUCCUUUUUUUUUUUCUGGGAAAGGAGAGCAAGAAUCCCGAGUCCCCUCCUAGUCUUUCAUCCUGAAUUUGCACAGAGGAAAGCGGGUGCCCGGCAUGGCCAUCCUGAUAUUGCUGGCGGGAUCCCCAUGCACCAUGUCCUUCUCCACUGAUACUGGCAGCUCAGCUCCUGGACCCAAUAUCCCUUGAGUGGAAUUCUGCAAUGCAAGAACCUUUCCUGGGAGCGUUCCCAUGUUUCCAUGGUCCCCAAUCUCCCUUCCAACCGGUGGGGUCAUCAACUACUCACCAGAAGGGGGCUUACCAAGAAAGCCCUAAAAGCUGUUGUUUGACUUCUCUGGGCUUGUUCCAACUCUUAUGCCCCCGACUUGCCCUACCACCACCACGCAUUCAGCCUGAUCUGUUUACAUGGUACUGUAUGUAUGGGAGAGCAGACUGCACCCUCCAGCAACAUCAGAUGAAAGCCAGUGAGUCUACUAACCGUGCCAUCUUGCAAACUACACUUAAAAAAAACUCAUUGCUUUGUAUUGUAGUAACCAAUAUGCGCAGUAUAUGUUGAAUGUAUAUGAACAUACUUUCCUAUUUCUGUUCUCUGAAAAUGUCAGAAGUAUUUUUUUUCUUUCUCAUUUUAUGUUGAACUAAAAAGGAUUAAAAAAAAAUCUCCAGACUCAA